CCUUAACAGCAACACUCCCUUGUCUUCGAAUUUCCAGAUAGAGCCUAAAGGCAUAUCUUUUUGCCCAUUUUCUGAUCUCUUCACUUAUGUUUUUUUUGCAUGAAUUAUUAUAAUUUUUCAUUUAGACCAAAAAAAUUGAACUGGGUCCAGGUAAACCGAAACCUAUAAUCUUAGGAGCAUCAACUUGCAUAAACGAAUUAACGAACGGUUCAAUGAAGAAAGCCAAGAUGCUUGUGACCACUGCAGCACAGUGCGAAUCGUUAUUGCGAAAAUGUUCGUCUUUGCAAUCCUUUUCCGAAACCAAAAAACUGCACGCAUUCAUGCUCACACUUGGUCUAUUCUCUUCCCCCGAGCUUUGCUCUAAACUUGCCACAACAUACGCGCAAUGCCACCACGCUUCCUAUGCAUCCCACCUGUUUAAGAAGUUGCCUCAACCGAGUUUGUUCUCCUGGAAUGCUAUGAUGAGGAUGUAUGUCCAAAUUGGGCGCCCCUUUGACGCCCUCAACUUGUUUGUUGAAAUGCUUGACUUGGGUCAGACCUUGCCUGACAAAUUCACUUACCCGGUUGUUAUCAAGGCUUGUGGUGACCUGUCUUUGAUUGAUGUGGGAGUUGGAGUUCAUGGGCAGGCCUGUAAGUUUGGUUUCGAUUCUGACACAUUCGUCCAGAACACUUUGUUGGCAAUGUAUAUGAAUGCUGGGGAGAAAGAAACAGCCCAACUGGUUUUUGACUUGAUGCAGGAACGGACUGUGAUUUCUUGGAAUACCAUGAUAAAUGGGUACAUUCGGAAUAACUGUGCCGAGGAUGCACUGAGGGUUUAUGAUAGAAUGGUGGAUGAGGGUGUGGAGCCUGAUUGUGCAACCGUGGUUUCAGUAUUGCCUGCUUGUGGGCUUUUGAAAAAUCAGGAGGUUGGGAGGAAGGUUCACCGGUUGGUUCAGGAGAAAGGAUUUUGGGGAAAUAUUGUAGUUAGGAAUGCAUUGCUGGACAUGUAUGUUAAGUGUGCUCAGAUGAAAGAAGCGCGCGUGCUAGCGAAUCAGAUGGAUGAGAAAGAUGUAGUAACAUGGACAACUUUGAUUAAUGGAUACAUUCUGAAUGGGGAUGCUAGAAGUGCUUUAAUGCUUUGUCGCAUGAUGCAGUGUGAAGGAGUGAAACCUAAUUCUGUAAGUAUAGCUUCUAUACUAUCAGCAUGUGGCAGUUUGGUUUAUUUGAAACAUGGCAAGUGUCUCCAUGCAUGGGCAAUAAGGCAAAAGCUCGAUUCUGAGGUCAUUGUGGAAACUGCCUUGAUUGAUAUGUACGCCAAAUGUAAUCACGGCAACGUCAGUUAUAAAGUGUUUAUGGGAACCUCUAAGAAGAGAACGGCCCCAUGGAAUGCUCUUCUAUCUGGGUUCGUACAAAAUAAGCUUGCAGUAGAAGCAAUAAAACUUUUUAAGCAAAUGUUAGUGAAAAGUGUACAACCUGACAAUGCAACCUGUAAGAGUCUUCUUCCUGCAUAUGCUAUUCUUGCCGAUCUCCUACAGGCAAUGAACAUUCAUUCUUACCUUAUGAAAUCUGGAUUUAUUUACAGACUUGAAGUAGCAAGUAUUCUAGUCGAUAUAUACUCAAAGUGUGGAAGUUUAGGAUAUGCUCACCAGAUUUUUAAUAUAAUUCCUCUAAAGGACAAGGAUAUUAUUAUUUGGAGUGCAAUAAUUUCUGCAUAUGGAAAACAUGGGCAUGGAAAAAUGGCGGUGAAACUUUUCAAUCAGAUGGUACAAUCUGGAGUAAAACCAAAUCAAGUCACCAUCACCUGUGUUCUACAGGCGUGCAGCCAUGCCGGUUUGGUUGACGAGGGUUUUUCUCUGUUCAAAUUUAUGCUCAAGCAACAGCAAAUUAUUCCGCAUGUUGAUCAUUAUACUUGCAUUAUUGAUCUUCUUGGACGUGCUGGUAGACUGAACGAUGCUUAUAGCCUUAUUAGAUCAAUGCCUAUAACACCUAACCAUGCUGUAUGGGGUGCACUGCUGGGAGCUUGUGUGAUUCAUGAGAAUGUUGAACUUGGAGAGGUAGCUGCUAGGUGGACUUUUGAGCUUGAGCCUGAAAACACCGGUAAUUAUGUUUUGUUGGCAAAACUUUAUGCUGCUGUAGGAAGAUGGAGAGAUGCAGAGAAGGUUAGAGAUAUCAUGGCAAAUGAGGCGGGACUAAGAAAACUACCUGCUCACAGUUUAGUCGAGGUUAGAGAUAUGUGAAUCGAACAUGGUCAUUUGGACUACAAUGCACAACCAAUAAAACUCUGUUUCAAAUGAUAGUCGUCAUUAUUGGCAUAGUUAUGAAGAGCCUACAAAACGUGAAAGUUCCUCUAUAGAGGUGGAAAUGCCUACUUGUCAUUAUUCUAAUUAUGAUGGACGGAAAUGUCUUUGCUUCCAUAAUCUCUCAGCACGCAGAGUUCAACAAAGAGAUUUUGGCCAAUUUUCUUGAUGCACGUCUGUUGAGGUACAAUGGCCACUACCAAAAAGUGCCAAAUUUCAAGGGAUUUCAGACACAUUCAUCAUCAACUGAUAAGCUUCCCAGUUGCCAUGUUUGUGGUAUAACGAUAAAUUUUUUGGAGUUAUUCAUAAUUUUGCCUUUUGCAAUGGCUGCUGGUUGUUGUUGAUCCCUUAGACUGGCCACUACAACUCAUUCUCUCAUUUUCUUGGUAAGUAAUUUAAUGGUUAUAAAACAAAUUAUAUCUUCUGUUCUUGAAUUUUGGUUCUUUGCAGCAAGAUGGCAAGGAUGACACUGACUGGGGAAAGAGACAGGGGGGAUAUUGGUCGGUGGUGCCACCUAUUCUUAUAUUUUAUGCAACCGCUUGUUGGCUAUGUUGAUCAUGAUCAACAUUAUGACUUAGCUUGCUUCCGAUGCAUCUGUGCUUUUUGUUUAAUGGCUCUGUCUCUAUGAAGACUUAGAUACUACUGUCAAUAUGUAACUUGUACUAUUUAGCUAAACUGUGGCAGGUAAAAGAAGCUAGGUUCUAACCCAAAACUCUGUUCUUGACUGUGUUCCAUCUUAAAUAAUUGGGGCCAUUAUCAAACUAUUCUGAAAAGAAAAGGUGGAGCUGAAAAACAUUCAUUUAACAAUUCUGCAGUAACACAUCUCUUUGAUAUAUGUCUUGUUUCUUGCCCUUGUUUAUUUUGAAGACUAUCAAAUCACAAAGUUCAACCGAAGGUUGGUGCAGAGAGUUUAUUUGAAUUAUCUCAGUGUUCACAUGUAGACUGUUCUACCGAGAAGGGCGAUAUAUUAAGGAAAAAAAAAAGAAUGUUACAGGAUUAAUAAGUAACAAAUGUAGCUUUUAAUUUUGUAAAUUAAUGAAAUAAUCUUAUUUAUCAAAUAUUUUAGUUUGAUCAAUCAAGCU